CUGCACUAUGGUCAUGUAAACAGUCGCCAUGGGGAAACACUGGCACCUAUUUGAGAACGUGUCCAAGGUGGACCCCUUCGAGGGGCCACAGUACCACCUGGCCCCCAUGUGGGCCUUCCACCUGCAGACCAUCUUCAUGGGCUUCGUGUUUUUUGUGGGGACGCCGUUGAAUGCGGUCGUGUUGCUGGUGACAAUCAAGUAUAAGAAGCUCAGGGUGCCGCUCAACUACAUUCUAGUCAAUAUCUCUUUUGCUGGCUUUGUUUUCGUCACCUUUUCUGUCAGUCAAGUGUUUGUGGCCAGCGCCUGGGGCUACUACUUCCUUGGGUACACCUUAUGUGCAUGGGAGGCUGCAGUGGGAGCCAUAGCAGGCUUGGUGACGUCCUGGUCUUUGGCUGUGUUGUCCUUCGAGCGAUACCUUGUUAUUUGUAAACCGUUCGGAGCGUUCAAGUUCACCAGUAACCACGCGCUGGCCGCCGUGGGCUUCACGUGGUUCAUGGGCAUAGGGUGCGCCACACCGCCAUUUUGGGGCUGGAGCAGGUACAUCCCUGAAGGCCUGGGCUGCUCUUGUGGGCCGGACUGGUACAGCCACAAUGAAGAAUACCGGACCACCAGCUACACCUACUUCCUGUUGACCACCUGCUUCAUCAUGCCAAUCACCAUCAUCAUCUUCUCCUACUCCCAGUUACUCAGUGCUCUGAAGGCUGUCGCGGCACAGCAAACAGAGUCGGCAUCAACUCAGAAAGCAGAGAAGGAAGUAUCGAAGAUGAUCAUUGUCAUGGUGGGCUCCUUCGUCUCCUGCUACGGCCCCUAUGCUGCCUACGCUACCUAUUUAGGCUUCGCCUCAACCGAAGGCAAAGAUUAUCGGCUUGUCACCAUCCCAGCCUAUUUCUCCAAGAGCGCUUGUGUCUACAACCCCCUGAUCUACGCCUUCAUGAACAAACAGUUCCACGGCUGCAUCAUGGAAUUUGUUUUCGGAAGGAAGAUGGACGAUUCUUCAGAGGUUUCUUCAAAGACAGAGACGUCUUCAGUCUCCUCAGUGUCUGCAGCUUCUUAGUCGCCCGGCCGACACUCAAGUUCAGACGAAGAGACAUUUCAGUAAUAGAUCUGCUUCGGAAGGACCAUGUUCACGAUGUAAAUACAAAGUUUCAACUCUUUUAUUUUAUUUCUUUUGCUGCAUAAAAGAAAAAAAAAACAAAUAAAAAAAGAUGGCACAUUCA